CCGGCCUCACGGAGAGCGUGGUACCUAGCAGCCACAGUCAUGUCUUUCCAGCAGGAUCGUGGGGGACCCAGGGGCGGGAUGCCUCCAGGCCAGCACGGCACCCCUCAAAGCUACCGACCCACCAACCUGAGACCCCCACCCCCCCAGCCUCCUGUGCCCCCAUACCACUACGAUCAACAGGCUCCUCCCAGCUCCGGCUACCAUGGGAACAGCAGCUACAUGCCUCAACACUCCGACUUCAUGCCGUACCCUCCUCCGGCUCCAUCCCAGACUCCCGGUUCUCUUAACCAGUGCCCCAUGCGCCCGCCUUUCUCCAAGCCUCCCGUCCGGCAGGGCUUCUUAGAACCCCCCCCUAACUUUCCUCCUCCCACCUUGCCCGGCGCCACAGGCGGACCGGCACAAGGCAACCAGGUGUCUGCUCAGAACGCCUACCACCCGUACAUGCUGCCACCUGUGGCCCCACCACCGUUACCACACUCGUCCAUGCCUCACCAAAUGGCUCCUCAGUCUAUGAGCUACCACUCUCCGUACUCCAUGAACUACCCUCACCCUCCUCACCCUCCAUUCCCGCCUCCCCCUUUCAGUCCUGGCUACACACAGAACCCGAGCUCCUCAACCCAAGCAGACCACAGCUUCAGGCCCGCGGGUCAGUACAAGUACGAUAAACCCCCGGAGAACCGGAGGUCUCCAGAAAGAGCCUAUCGCCAUGAUGAGCACAGGCAGAAGGGCUACGCCUACGGUAACCAUGGCGAGAGGCACAAAAUGGAGUUUCCCGGAGACAGGAAAGACCGCGGGCGGAGUCCGGACAAGCGCAUGAGGCCGGAGGGCGGAAGGUACAGGUCCGAGUACGACCGAGGCCGGACUCCUCCCAGACACCGGAGCAGGGAUCGCAGCAGAGAGCGGCAACGACACAGAGAAAGUCGGAGCUCCCAGUCAUCUGACAGGCACAGGAAGAGGCCACGCAGUCGCUCCUCAAGCAGAGACAGGAAACGCGGACGCUGGGAAGACGAGAGGGACCGGAGGUCGGAGGCGUCCUCGGGAAUGAGCAGGGAGCGCAGCUACACGUCCAUCAGGAGCAAAGACUCCGAGGAGACGUUCACCGACAGAGACCGGGAGCGAGAGCGAGACCGGGAGCGGGACCGAGACAGAGAGAAGGAGAAGGAGAAGGAGAAGGGGGAUGAUGAUAAAGAGGAGGACGAGCUGCUGAAACCUGCCUGGAUCCGCUGCACCCACGCUGAGAACUACUACUCCAACGACCCCAUGGACCAAGUGGGCGACUCGACGGUCGUGGGGACCAGUAAACUGCGGGACCUGUACGAACGCUUCGAGGAGGAGCUGGUGAGGAGGCAGGAUCGAGCCAAGGCCGCUCGGCCGUCAUGGGAACCGCCCAAGACCAAACUGGAUGAGGAUCCAGACAACAGCAGCAGUGAGUCAGACUGCGAGUCAGACGGCGAGGGAAGCACCUGCUCCGGCAGCUCUGACUCCGAUGUUUUUGAUGUCAUCGCCGAGAUCAAGAGGAAGAAAGCUCAUCCCGACCGCCUGCACGAGGAGCUGUGGUACAACGACCCGGGACAGAUGAAUGAUGGCCCCCUGUGUAAGUGCAGUGCCAAGGCCAGACGUACAGGGAUCCGCCACAGCAUCUACCCGGGGGAGGAGGCAGUGAAACAGUGUCGUACCAUGAACAACAACUCGGGGAAACUGUUUCACUACAGGAUCACCGUGUCUCCGCCAACCAACUUCCUGACCGACAGGCCGACGGUGAUCGAGUACGACGACCACGAGUAUCUGUUCGAAGGAUUCUCUCUCUUCUCCCACAGUCCUCUCACUAACAUUCCAUUGUGCCGUGUGAUCCGCUUCAACAUAGAUUACACCAUUCACUUCAUAGAGGAGAUGACACCCGAGAACUACUGCGUCCGAGGCCUGGAGCUGUUUGCCUCCUACCUGUUCCAGGACGUUCUCGAGCUGUAUGACUGGAACCUGACAGGGCCGGAGCUGGAGGACCAGACCUCCGGAUGUCGGGGUUUCCAUUUCAUGCCGCGUUUCGUCCGAUUCUUACCUGAUGGCGGGAAGGAGGUGCUGUCCAUGCACCAGGUGCUCCUCUACCUGCUCCGCAGCAGCAAGCCGCUCGUCCCCGAGGAGGAGAUCGCAGACAUGCUGCAGUGGGAGGAGCUGGAUUGGCAGAAAUACGCGGAGGAGUGCAAGGGCAUGAUCGUCACCCACCCGGGCAUGAAACCCAGCUCGGUGCGGAUCGACCAACUGGACAGGGAGCAGUUCAACCCGGAUGUCAUCACCUUCCCCAUCAUCGUCCACUUUGGAAUCCGUCCCGCUCAGCUCAGCUACGCCGGAGACCCUCAGUACCAGAAGCUGUGGAAGAGCUACGUGAAACUACGCCACCUGCUGGCCAACAGCCCCAAGGUCAAGCAGAUCGACAAGCAGAAGCUGACACAGAGAGAGGAAGCUCUUCAGAAGAUCCGCCAGAAGAACACUAUGCGCCGUGAGGUGACAGUGGAGCUCAGCAGUCAGGGCUUCUGGAAGACUGGCAUCCGCUCCGACGUCUGUCAGCACGCCAUGAUGCUGCCGGUUCUCACGCAUCACAUCCGGUACCACCGCUGUCUCAUGCACCUGGAUAAGCUCAUCGGUUACGUCUUCAAGGAACGCUGCCUCCUUCAGCUGGCCAUGACUCACCCCAGCCACCACCUCAACUUCGGCAUGAAUCCCGACCACGCCCGCAACUCGCUCUCCAACUGUGGCAUCCGCCAGCCCAAGUACGGCGACAGGAAGGUCCAUCACAUGUACAUGAGGAAGAAGGGAAUCAACACGUUGAUUAACAUCAUGUCUCGUCUGGGCCAGGAUGACCCCUCCCCCUCCAGGAUCAAUCACAACGAGAGGCUGGAGUUCCUGGGCGAUGCUGUUGUCGAGUUCCUCACCAGUGUCCACCUGUACUACCUCUUCCCCAGUCUAGAGGAGGGCGGCCUGGCCACGUACAGAACAGCCAUCGUGCAGAACCAGCACCUAGCCAUGCUCGCCAAGAAACUGGAGUUGGAUCGCUUCAUGCUCUACGCUCACGGACCGGAUCUGUGCCGGGAGUCGGACCUGCGUCACGCCAUGGCCAACUGCUUCGAGGCGCUUAUCGGUGCUGUGUAUCUGGAAGGAGGCCUGGACGAAGCUCGGCAGCUUUUUGGUCGACUACUCUUCAACAGUGAGGAUCUACGGGAGGUCUGGCUCAACUACCCACCACACCCCCUGCAGGUCCAGGAGCCUCAGACGGACAGGCAGCUCAUCGAGACGUCUCCCGUCCUCCAGAAGCUGACCAGCUUCGAGGACGCCAUCGGAGUUCUGUUCACGCACGUGCGUCUGCUGGCCCGAGCGUUCACCCUGAGGACCGUGGGCUUCAACCACCUCACCCUGGGUCACAACCAGAGGAUGGAGUUCCUGGGAGACUCCAUCAUGCAGCUGGUGGCCACAGAAUAUCUCUUCAUCCACUUCCCCGAUCACCACGAAGGACAUUUAACGCUGCUCCGCAGUUCGCUGGUGAACAACCGCACGCAGGCCAAAGUGGCGGAGGAGCUGGGCAUGCAGGACUUCGCCAUCACCAACGAUAAGACCAAGCGACCCGUGGCCCUGAGGACCAAGACGCUGGCUGACCUGUUGGAAUCUUUCAUCGCCGCGCUCUACAUAGACAAAGAUCUGGAGUUCGUGCACACCUUCAUGAAUGUCUGCUUUUUCCCCCGACUGAAGGAGUUCAUUCUGAACCAGGACUGGAAUGACCCGAAGUCUCAGCUGCAGCAGUGCUGCUUGACCCUGAGAACCGAGGGCAAGGAGCCCGAUAUCCCGCUGUACAAGACCCUGCAGACGGUCGGACCCUCGCACGCCCGCACCUACACCGUGGCCGUGUAUUUCAAAGGAGAGCGAAUCGGCUGUGGCAAAGGCCCAAGCAUCCAACAGGCGGAAAUGGGAGCUGCGAUGGAUGCACUCGAGAAAUAUAACUUCCCACAGAUGGCUCAUCAGAAGCGCUUCAUCGAGCGGAAAUACAGGCAGGAGCUGAAGGAGAUGAGACGCGAACGGGAGCGGCAGGAGCUGGAGACCGACGAGGUGGAGGAGAGCAGGAAGUGACAGCACCUUU